GCAAAUCGGCGUGCAUCUUUUGUGUUUAUUAGUGGAGUUCGCAACCGUGUGGUUCCAGAUAGUAUUCUCCAUAGUAAAUAUUGUCUGUAUUAUAGCAGCUAUAUUGGUAAAUUAUAAACGUUGUUAUGGCAGAUGUUAAGGUGAAACAAGAAUCAGCUGACCCAGUAGAGCUAGAAGCGAGAAUUAUAGAGUUAUGUCAGCAAUUCCCACAUGGUAUCACAGACCAGGUGAUACAGAAUGACAUGCCUCAUAUUGAAGCACAACAGAGGGCAAUGGCCAUCAACAGACUGCUUUCAACGGGGCAACUGGACCUCCUGAGAAGUAAUACAGGCCUGCUGUACAGGCUCAAAGAUUCACAGAGUGCUGGAAAAAUGAAGGGAUCAGACAAUCAAGAAAAAUUAGUUUAUCAGAUCAUUGAAGAUGCAGGCAACAAAGGUAUUUGGAGCAGAGAUAUUCGAUAUAAGAGUAACCUGCCACUGACAGAGAUAAACAAAAUCCUUAAGAACUUGGAAAGCAAAAAACUAAUAAAGGCAGUCAAAUCUGUUGCUGCUUCAAAGAAGAAAGUUUACAUGUUGUAUAACCUUCAGCCUGACCGGUCAGUCACAGGUGGAGCAUGGUAUAGUGACCAAGACUUUGAAUCUGAGUUUGUGGAGGUGCUAAAUCAACAGUGCUUCAAAUUUCUACAGAACAAGGCAGAAGUUGCACGUGACAGUAAGCAAAGUCCUAUGCUACAGAGGAAUAGCUCCUUUGCAUCAUCACAUGAAAUCUGGAAGUACAUAUGUGAGCUGGGAAUUAGCAAGGUAGAACUGUCAAUGGAAGACAUAGAAACAAUUUUGAACACGCUGAUUUAUGAUGGCAAAGUGGAAAUGACCAUCAUUGCUGCAAAAGAGGGCACAGUUGGCAGUGUAGAUGGGCAGAUGAAAUUGUACAGAGCUGUAAAUCCCAUAAUACAACCAACAGGGUUAGUCCGCACACCCUGUGGCCUUUGCCCGGUAUUUGACGACUGCCAUGAAGGUGGCGAUAUCUCUCCAUCAACCUGCAUAUACAUGACAGAGUGGCUAGAGUUCUAGGGGAACCUUGUAGAAGUUGGAAGUGUCAUAUUUUUGUUGCCCCCCCAAAAAAAAUAUAUAUAUAUAGUACAUUUAAAAUGUUAAUAAGGUUGCUGUAACAAUCUGAAAGAAAUGCUGCUAUUAAAAUUUAAUUUAUUUUGUGUUA